AUGUCUCUGAAGAACUAUCUCCUCGUCGCACUCGGGCUCGUGCACAGCGGCCUGGCUCAGACCUGUCCUGCCGAGUUGACGGUAACAAACGGCGGCUUUGAAUGCGGUCUAUCCCCGUGGUAUGUGCCGGCACCACAGCCAGGCCAGCCGAAAAUGGCAAUAGCAUCACCCGGUUACGACAGUUAUCAUGCCCUGCGGCUGGACGUGGCGGAGUCCAACUUCACCGACUUCAGCCUUGUUCAUCCUCCCAUCGGCCUGCAGUGCGAAGGGUACUACUACAAACUCAGUUAUGCAGUCAACUGGGACACAUAUUCCGGUCCGGCUAGUACUGAGACCAUCGGAUGCAAAGUUCGUGCCCAGAGCUCCUACUGCUUUGGCGAUAUUGUUGGUACGGAUCAGGUCUAUGCGGUGCCUGGGGCAGGAUGGAAGACUUAUUCGUAUACCUGCUUGGCAAAGAAGACUGGUCAGGGUACAUAUACGGUCGAUUUUGACUGUUUUGGCAAUGCUACUUACAGGGUCCCUGCGUUUAACUUUGAGGUGGAUGCCCUCAACAUUAAGUUGCUCGGGAAAUCGCCUUAG